GCGUGAAAGGAGGACCAGUAGGCAUGCAGGAGGUGGAGAAAACAGAGACGAGUGUUUCACUGUAAUAAUCCAGUGGGAGCUGAUGCUCAUUUCCACCAUCUCUUGAUUGCUUUGGCGUUCACACGUAUACACAUGUGGCUGCUUCUGUAGACGGCAGCUUCAGACUCUCGGUGUACUGGAUGGAGGCACAGGGAGGGGCAGGUAGCCCAGAUGAGACUAAAAAAGGCCAGAAGCUGCUGAAGCCCUCGACGUCAGGAGAACUGUCAAAAGAGCCGUUCCAUCAUUGCCUGGGUGAGGAGGACAGAGUAAUUCCCGGACACACCCCAAGCCUGCUGCAUGUCACUGACAGACGGCGUGAGUUCCGGGAGCCUCUGAGCAGCGUUUCCUCUCUCGAGGUUCACUUCGACUUGCUCGACCUGACAGAACUCACGGACAUGUCCGACCAGGAGCUGGCCGAAGUCUUCGUCGAUUCUGAUGAAGAAAACCCAGAGUCACCUGCAAGUUAUCACCACCACCCAGGCAGGGGAAGCUACCUGCGCUCUCCCUCUUGGACACGCUACAGUAAGGCGGAGCAGUCGCACGACCGGAAGCACCACAGCGAUUCAGACAGCACCGAGUCCUCUCACAAACUGGAACGACCCAAAAAACCAUGAGAGAAACACAUCCGACACACACACACACACAAACACACACGCACACACAUCUGGGUCACGUUAACACACAGACCGUGGUGCUAAAGACAAUAAAAUGUGAUCUCAUGCUCUCGUCCUCUCGUACAGGAAGUAUGGCAGCGACACAGAGCAACACAAACAGCCCUGUCUCUGUCUACAUCUGAGUCUCAUGAAGGGCUUUCAUUUGUCUGGGUCACUGAAGACGUUUAUUUUAUAAGGAGCUAUAAGUUUCGAGUAAGACCUGUCGAACCAGACGUCAUAACAGCUUUGUGUUUGAGUGACGUAUAAUUUGCUGCUUUAAAAAAAAAAAAAAAAAUGAAAAGGAUGAAUGAAGUGAGUGUAAAUAAUAAUGCUCCAUAAGCAAGGCUGAAAGGAAGCCAUCAGAAAAGCCUGUAUAUUAACACACACACACACACACACACACACACACACACACACACACACACACACACACACACACACACACACACACACAAAUGCUCAGAUGCCAAGAACAUUUUUUAAACACUGUGUACUAUAGACAUUUCUUAACCCUUAAAAAUAGAAUAAAUGGUUAAUCAACUCUCCAGUUUGAAAGCA